UUGUUAUCCCUAAUUUUAUGAUAACUUGUUUUAUUUUUUAGUUUUCUGGAUUCCAAACUAAUCCAAACAGAGUAGGAAACUUAUAAUUUACCUACCUCAUUUACUUCAUUAUUGAAUUAAAUACUUAAAACUUGCUAAAAUGAUGACUAAAGGACUAAAAUUAAUCAAACUCUUAUUUUCUCUUUCGAUUUUCGUAUGUGCCUUUUUUGCUGUGCUGGAGUUAACAUAUUUUUUGUCUUUUUCGUUCCCCAAACAAGGAUUGACUAUAAAGGGAGAUCCAUGGCUACAAACUGCAAGAGUACUCUUCGAGAACAUGAUCCUACUCUCACUAUUCAUUAUUCAACACUCUGCAAUGGCCACUGAGAAAUUUAAAAAUCUUAUUAUCAACCUAGGACUCAAAGAUAUGAACAGAAGUAUCUACGUUAGUGCAACUGUGGCUGUUCUUCUGCUUAUUACUAGAUACUGGCAAACCACUAUACAUGUAGUUUUAUGGGAUCUGGACCUUAAUUAUAAACCAUUAUUUUUUAUUUAUAUUAGUAUUCAUGCAACAGCUUGGACAAUUAUUUAUGUUGCUAAUGUCUGUACAGACUUUCCAGAAUUGUUAGGUCUAAAACAGGUUUAUUAUAGCUUGAGAAAUUUACCAGACCCAAUUCAAAGGAAAUCCUAUAAACUGCAGAGAUUAUUGUCUCACAUGAGACAUCCAAGUUUCUUAGGGUUUUUGUUGGUAUUUUGGUUUUUCCCGUUGAUGACGUUAGACAGGCUAUUGUUAGCCAUUAUUUUAACAUUAUACAUGUAUAUUGCGUGGAAUACUGAUAAUGAAGACUACCACUAUCAAAAAGAUAUGUAUGAAAGAAAGUAUCAUGAACUACAAAGACUUAACUCUCCUGAUGGAAGAAAAAUUCUUUAAAGUACAAAACAGCUCACUAAAAAUACUGAUUUAUUUUAUGUGUAAAUCUUAAGCAUGACACUGACAAAAACAAAAUUGUAGGUAUAUUUUGUCAUACCAUUAUUUUCCACUGCCAGUUUUUAAGUAUUAAACAUACAUGUAUUUCUGAUUAAUUAGGUCUGAUAUAGGUAGUAUUUGAGAAAAGCUUUGUUUAUAGACUUGCAAGAAGAGGAAACAUGACAAAACUGUAUUUUUUUGACUUGCCCAACACAACUUAAAUUGUAUUUGAGUGUGAUCUACUUUGAAGAUUUUUUUUUAUGUUGUCAAAAUUCAAAAUUUUAUGGGCAAAUCAGAUUUUUUACUGUUGUAAUAGUUAUUAGUUAAUAGCUAAUGCCACAAAAUGCCUUUUUAGUGUAGGGAGAGAAAAAUACAGAUAUUCUCCAAGAAAAGAUAAUCUUCAGGUCACAAAAAAAAUUCAAAGUCGUGAUACACAAUGUUGUCAAAUUAUUGUGGAAAAAUUCGACUUUCAUUUUUAUAGCCGGUACUAAGAGAAAGCGAAAGCAUCGAAAACUCAUUUCGUUAUAAUAAUUUGCAAGAAUCUAUUAUUCACAAUCAUCAUCAUCAUUAUUUAAAAUCCUAGUGUUGUGUUUAGGUUAGGCUUAUUCUCGAAAUGAGAAUAAAAAGAUUUUGCAAGCGCUUGCCUUAUUAAAAGGCAAGCCUUAUUUUGACAGUUGAGCGUGCACAGUUUCUGUGUAGAAUGACGGCAACUCUUAAUAAGGAAAAGGGUCAGCCUUAAUAGGGAUAUAGCAAGUGCUUGCCUUAUUUGGACAGUUAAGCAUGCCCAGUUUCUAUUUGGAAUAAGGACAACCCUGAUAGGGAUUAAAUUUUUAUUGUUUGAUUCGAAAUUUUUGCAUUCUGUUAUAUACACUCAUCAAAAUAGUCUAGGGAACAAGAAAUAUCUGUAUUUCAAUUUUAGGAAAGAACAACUUUCUAAAACAGAUUAAAGUGAGUAUUUCUUAUUGAACAAAUCUUGUCAAAUUUACCAUGUUGGCUUUUUUUGCAAACUUAUUUAGUUUAAAUAUUUUAAAAGUUAAAUCGGCAAAAAUUUCUGAUAAGUAUAGGAAUUAUCUUGUUCCCUAGACUAUUUUGAUGUGUGUAUUUGUAUAUUAUGUACUUUUUUUAGCCUCUAAUUUGCUUACAUUAUUUCCACUGUUAAACUAUCCAUGUGUAUUAUGGGAAUUUUUUCGACAAAUAUACACCGCACAAAAAUUAUCGCAUCUAUCCAAGCAGAAAACACAGAAAUGAACAUCAUAAUUGCAAAGUGGAAUGUAUGCCUAUCUUCCAAAGUGGAAUGUAUGCCUAUCCGCAUUUUCCCGAAAAAAGUAAACAAGAACCUAACAGAAGAAAGAACGACAUGUUUUUUGACUCGAGUUUUUCAGUUAAAGAAUGCCCAUUCAGGAAAUACUUAAGAAGUUUUUAAAAUAAAUUUACUGUAGCCAAAUUAUUUAAAAGCAUUCAUUGGUGAUGCGGUAAUUUUUGUGCGGUGUGUAUAUCAUGAGCAAAAAAGUUAGAUAAAAAACAUUCAAUUGUGCUGUUGUAUGUAUGUAUGUUUGUAUACAUACACAUACAUACAAUGUGUUGUUGGCUAAAAACAUAAAUAUUACAAAAAUACACAAUUCUCUGGUCAGAAACUAUGCAUCAGUCAUUUGGUUCUGCAAUGGUAGUUGCAAUAAAUAAACUAGGCAUUCGAAAAAGAAAAAUGCCCUAUUGCAGCUCAUGGAGGUUUGUCCUAAUAUUUCUUUAAUUUCUGAUAUUAAUAAGGCUCUUUAACAGUAAAAAAUAUAU